AUGGAUAGUAGUAGGCGAAGAUACAUAUACGAGGAGAUAACAAAACUCGGGAGAAGGAACAUCAGUGCUCAGAUCUUUACAUUCCAAGAUCUGAGCGUCGCCACCAGGAACUUUGAUCCUGAGAAUCAGCUCGGUGAAGGCGGUUUCGGAAGGGUUUACAAAGGGUACAUAGAAACCAAUGAUAAGGUUGUUGCAGUUAAGCAACUAGACAGGAAUGGCUACCAAGGGAACAGAGAAUUCCUUGUUGAAGUCAUGAUGUUGGGUCUCUUACAUCAUCAAAACCUUGUUAAUUUGGUUGGUUAUUGCGCAGACGGUGAUCAACGCAUUCUUGUCUAUGAAUAUAUGCAAAAUGGCUCAUUAGAAGAUCAUCUUCUCGAAUUGGUGCGGAACAAGAAGAAGCCGUUGGAUUGGGACACAAGGAUGAAAGUUGCAGCAGGAGCAGCGAGAGGGCUUGAGUAUCUACACGAAACAGCUGAUCCUCCUGUGAUCUAUAGAGACUUCAAAACCUCCAACAUAUUACUUGACGAAGAAUUCAACCCGAAGCUUUCGGAUUUCGGUUUAGCUAAAGUCGGUCCGACCGGUGGAGAGACUCACGUCUCGACCAGAGUGAUGGGAACGUACGGCUACUGUGCGCCUGAGUAUGCUCUCACCGGACAGCUCACUGUGAAGUCCGAUGUGUACAGCUUCGGAGUAGUGUUCUUGGAGAUGAUCACGGGAAGAAGAGUGAUCGACCCGACAAAACCAACUCAAGAAGAGAAUCUAGUCACUUGGGUAAUUAUAUAUAGUAACAUACUUCACAUGCAAAGUCUCUUGUUUAUAGGCGUUUUCUUGAAUGGAUGAUUGCUAAAAUGCGCAGGCGAGCCCGUUGUUUAAAGAUAGGAGAAAGUUCACGCUAAUGGCGGAUCCUUUGCUUGAAGGGAAGUACCCAAUAAUAGGAUUGUAUCAAGCACUUGCGGUUGCAGCGAUGUGUCUUCAAGAAGAAGCAGCAACGAGACCAAUGAUGAGUGAUGUGGUUAGUGCGCUCGAGUACUUAGCUAUGACCAAAGACAAAGUAGAUGCAGAAGCUGUAGAAGACAAGGGGAAUUAUUAUAAUUAAUAAACAAACUAAUAAAACAUAUGAUAACAGAGAAGAAGGAGAGGAAAAAUCUAAGCUUUAAGCAAUAUGUUGCUUAUUUGUAAUUUUAAUGAUCUGUUUUAGGAAAUUUGAGGAGUUUUUGCUGAGAAUAUUUAUUUAUUUUUGGUUUCAAGUUUCAAACUUUUCUCCUUUUACAUUGCACAAAUUAGGCAUGGGUAGGGUGUGUUCAUGUAUGCCUUGAGGUUUUUAGGUUUAGUUUUCUAGUUCUCAUCAGAGUUUUAUAUCUGUAUGGAGGAUCAAUGUUCUAAAAAAAUUGGUCCUACAUCAACUAGAUGUUCGCUUAGAUGGAAAAUUAGUCAUAUUCGAAAUAUUUUUAUAAAUGUUUGAUUUAAUCGAUUUAAAUUGGUUUAAAUUUAGUUUAAACAAUUUUAGUUGUCUAAAGCGAUCCAAAUUAGUCUAAAUCAAUUGAAUCAAAUGACUAAAUAUAUUAUAUUUACCAAUAAUUUAUCUAAAUAAGUGAUAAUCUUUUCUUCUCUCCGGUUUGUUUUUAGUAUAUCCAUUUUUUUAAUAUUUCAUCAAAGUAAUUUUUUAAUUAAGUACAAUUGAAAGAAAUAUGUAAUGUAAUUAUGUAAUAUAUAAUAGAUAAACAAAUGAUUUGUUAACGCCUAUGUCUAGCAUAGGUUCUGAAUAAUACGUUUAAGCGCUAAUACUCUAUUAAGCGUCUAAAUACCACCUAAAACUUUUUAUAUCCAUUCAUAUUUUUACUAGUGUUAAAAAAAAUUACUAUGCGCUAAACGGAAACUCAAUAUCUAGCGUCUAAAAUGAUUUAUCACACGUCUGGAUUAUUAAUUAGACUGAUUAAAUAUAUAAUAACAUUCAUAUUUUUAUUUUGAUAAGAUUUUAUACUAUAAUAUAUUAAUUAAUAUAAAUUCACAAAUAAUAAUAAUUAUUUUUUAUCAUAUUAUAAUUAUUUAGACGUUUUAUAAAGUAAUCACCAUGGUUCACUGAGCUUAGCGCCUAAACACCAACUAAAACGAUUUUUAAAACACUGAUUUUUACUUUUAGAUAGGAUUACUUUUGGUUUGAAUUUAUUUUGUAUUUCAGGUUUUAUAUUUUUUGGCUAGACCUAGCACAAAUCGUCAGAACACUAGAAUCAGAUUUUAGAAUUAAAAAUGGUUUUUAGUGAUAAAUCUCCUCAACUAA